UGCAGCUACUUGCAGCUGGUCCUGAAUCCAGCUGUGCAGUUUUUAAUGGCAGCGUGACUUGUCAGUAGAAGCUGGAGAAACCAAAAAUAAUUUUUCCAUUAACCAGUCCGACUAUACCGAGGAAGAAAGACGGUCGAGGGCUGGUUAUGCUGCUGGGUCUGGACUGCGACUGAAAAAGAAACGGUUGAAAACAUGUCAGCUAUUAAUUUGCUGCAAAUGUGACUCCGCAUCGUUGAUACCUGAUCAGACAGUUGAUGAGUUGAUUACAGGUGUGUCUACGCAUACCCGACAUCACACACGACCUUUCCGCAGAUGUGGGAUCGUGUGUUAUCAGCAGCAUCGGCUGUCGCUGUAGCCGCAGGUUCAAACACACGGCUGACCCAGCUGUACCUGUGCACCUAACCUGCCAGUCGCCCAGGUUACCGUCCCUCGGUCAGUGAGGCCCUCGAGCAGCACCCUUCCUUGGCCUCCCACGUGACUAGGAGGGCUGGUGUGUGCUUCACAGCGUGUUGGGAUUGUGUACACAUCUGUGCUCCCUGCUGACCAGGCUACGAGGCUGCUGGGAUGGUGAAAGUGUCAAAGUGUCAGGCUGAUGAUUGUCCGGCAACUUGAACCUCGGUGCCCAUCAUCUUGACAGCGCGUGUGUGUGUGUCUCUCUCUCCGCCUGUCGUCUCGUGCGGAAAGGGUAGGUUCUCGCCAGAGAGCGUGCGCAACACGAGGGAAAAAAAGAGUGCGAGUGCACGGUGACAGCAGCGGCGAAGCGGGAGUGACUGAAAUCACUCCGCAUGCGAUGUAGGUCGCGGUCGUACACAGGAGGCAGGACAGGUGUUGUGACUUAGAAGUGCUCCGACAAGAGUUUACCUGGGAAUUUCGCGGUGGGUGACGACGAUGGUGUUGUGACGAUCAUCGCGUGACGACCGGCAGAUAAGCUGAGAAGGGGGAAGUUUGGACAUAAAUGGGAAUAUUUUGCAUCCAUGCUGGAAAGCAGUCCAGGUGCGAGUGUAGAACCGGAUGACAACUGAAUGUAUGGAGUAGUGUUUUCACAGCAAAGUGGCAGCGGAGUGAUUUAUAAGCUCGUAAGGAAACGAGGGUUUUCUGUGGAUACUGGAGGAUUGUUUGUCGGACAUUUCUCACCUGAGACCAGUUUGUGACGACAGUGAGGACAAGGAUACUCACAGGUACAGAGUGUCCGUGGAGCUGAGAGUUUGAGAAGAGAGAUUACCAUCAGUGAGGCAGAAGUCAGCAAAAUGGUGAACAGGACUGACCGCCAUGAAACAGACCCCAAGAGUAAGGAGGGCCUGAUCCCCAAACGCAUUCACUCACAGCCUCUGAAGCGGCAACGGUCUACCCGAUCUACCCGCUCAACGGCCUCUCGUCGCCGUCAGCAUGACGAUACGUGUACUACAUGCCUGCGAGGCACACUUCAUUGCUACAAUGUCUGUAUUCUGAUCAUCGGGUGCGGAGCGCUGGGUGUGGGCGUGUGGCUGCUGGUGACGGACUUCGGCGCGCGCAAUGUCACGCCCAUCGUGGGCAACCAGCUGUACGAGGUCACCACCUACCUCCUCAUCGCAGGCGGGGGCGCCGUGGCUCUCCUGGCCUUCUGUGGCUGCUGUGGCACUAUUCGCGAGGACAAGUGUGUCCUCUCAUUUUAUGGCACAACGCUGGCCAUCGUCCUCAUCCUCCUGUGUAUAGCUUGUGGACUGGCCUUCUUCUUCAGAGGAGUGAUAGCAGAUCAUAUACGCGGGCGCAUGAAGAACACGCUGGCCAUCAACUACGGUGUGGACGUGCGCACAAACACGGAGAACCGGCGGAUAACCGAGUCCUGGGACUCCAUGCAGAGACAGCUACAGUGCUGUGGUGUAGCAGGCAACACCACUUCUGAUGAAGCCUGGGUUUUCUAUUCAACACAGACACAAUGGAACAAGAAGGAACUUCAGAAGCCCGAGAGAAGAAUGGUGCCGGAGAGUUGCUGUGCCAAGGGGGACAUACACCUGUGCACAGGUCUCAAACCUUUCGACGGGCCGCCCAUCUUCUACAAGGGACACUUGGAGCAACAUCGGGAGAUAAACCCUUACCUGUACACAACAGGCUGCUAUGACAAGCUGAUAGACUACCUCAAAACCUACUCUGCUGUGGUGGGCUGCGUGGCUGCGGUCGUUCCAAUAUUUCUGGUCCUGGGAAUCAUCGUGUCCUUCUGCCUGUGCGCGCGCGUGGCCGGCAUCACAUCGGACGAGGCUGAUGUGUAGCGCUGAGCCGACACGCCUAUGACACACGGUGCACGCUCUUCCUGCCCCUCCCGCGCAGUGCCUCCCUCUGGCGUGACGUCAUAGCAGGAUGACCGUUGGGCAGGUCUUCUUUGAAAUGCUCCAGGUUGACGUCACACAUUCUGGUCGCGUGCGGCAAGGACAACUUCCAGAAGUCGAGGCCGCCACUGAUCCGGUGGCGAGGGGAGUUAGUUGGGGAUAUGGGGAGGGUAUUGCUAGGGAAUCAAAUGGAAGAACAAGGUUUUGAACGACUUGGUGGAACUGAACGGCUUCUUCUCUUUAAAAAAAAAUUUUGUUUGUUUUUAAUCUUACUGGUUCAAAACACGGAUAUUGACAAGGAUGAUGUAAACCAAGGUAGGUAGGUGUUCGUUAAGACAUGAUUUCCACGGCAUUUUAUGGUCAGUGGAUGGAAGACCUGUGGAUGACCUGUGCUGUGGAUUUUCGUGCUAUGAUAUUGUUCUGCCAGUAGCCAUCAAUAAAUUGAUUGGAGACAAUCGAACAUCUUAAUAAUCGUGUUUAGUGGACAAUUUCUUCUUUUUAUUGGAUAACUAAAUGUCAAGAUCCGCUGUCUUCAUCACGAUGACGAGUCACAGGUCGUAUCAUAGGGUGAUCACAAAUCUCUGGAGGUCAAACUGGGGCAUCAGCAGAAGACUUGCUGCACUCGGAAGUGCGUGUACAUAGCACAUUGUGGCCUCUUUGGGGUUUUUUGUGACUUUUUAAACAGUUUGGUGCCCACAUGUAUUUAUACAGCGCUGAGGAGCACUGCGUCUCUUACUGCUGUAGUCGGAUCGCAUCUGUUGAUUGCUAAAAUUAAACAAAAAUUCUUACUGGCCUGUGACGGCGCGUGUUCACCUGGCGUGCUACAGAGGCGAUGAGAUUGUAACUGCCGAGAGACAUCCUGGCGUCAAUGACCGUUCUGGUCAUGUGACGUUUCGCAUCACUGCCUUGUGACGUCAUCAACGGUUGCACAUCGCACACCAUCCCAGCGUGUCAAGGACAAUGUUGGGUGCUUGUCAGCGAUGACCUGACUUUUUAGUAGAGGAGAGGGUGUAAUUUAUGAACAAGAUGCUGUGACAAUCAGGGCUCUGUCCACUUACAUUGGCGGCCGGUGAAAAGGGGGGUAACCCCACGAGAAGGUGGGCCUGCAAACGUCACGGCCGUUCACCCGCGUGCGUGUCGGAAGAUGCCAGCCAUGGUCUGACCUCCCGGUAACCCUGCUGCCUGAAAAAAUAGUUCGCAACAUCACGCGCCUGCUCGUGCAAGUGAUGGCGACAGUUACCUCCCCUGACAGCAAGAUUACCCCACCACGCUGUCGCCAGGUUCAGAGGUCGUGGUCGGUGGACAAUAAUAACAACAACAACAAAAACGAAAGUUGUUACGCGUUCUUCCCAGAAUGCAGCAGUCGCAAAGUCUCGACGAUAUCUCGUACCUAACGAUAUGCCGGCUGUGGGUUUUACGCUAUAUCCGGUGGAGGCAGACUUCACGAUCUCGUCUUCUAUGGGCCUUACACAACGUGUGUGUGUGAGACUGAGACUGUCUACGAGUCUACAGUAAUGUAGGUCGGCUUGCCCCAGAUACGGAAACAACUGAUGCAAGUCACCCCGUGCUCCUGUGCCACCUGGCUGAGGGUCAGCGUCAGGUGUGUUUGUGGACAGUCUGGUCUGGUCACUGUGUGCGGUCGCUUCACAAGAUUAUUGACAAAAUAUCGGAAUCAUCACGUGACCACUGUACAUCGUGUGCCUGUGGACAUGCAUCUGUGUGAGCGUGCGUGCACUUCAGUGCAGUCAGUACAGACCGUGACUGGCUGCAUGCAGUUGUAUGCUGUUAAUGGAGUUUCCAGUUGGAUGUUUAAAAUGUUAUAAUGUUGAUGUUGAAUUAGGUAAAAACUUUGUUGUUUAUUACAUCAGUUACGGCAGUUACAGCCAACAGCAAUGUUUGACUGAUACACACGCACGCGCCCACGCACACUGUCCCAUCCUUCCGUCACACACUCACACACACAAACACACACAGUCACACACUGACUUGUACCCAUUCCCUGUUACCAACAUCAGUACAUGUCUACAUUCCAGUUGCCUGUUUAAUGGUAGAACUUCCUGCAUGUAUUUUCUCCAGACCUGAAAGGCAGUGCGCGUGUGGAGAGUGUGACGAGUGUAACGAGCAGUGUCUCCCCAUCUCUGUGUACAGUCUACUUGCACGUCUUGUGGUCCUUUGUUUAUCAGGAUGGAGGCAGUUGAUGUGUACAGCUGUACAGUUGUGGUUUUUGUAUAGAACAUAUUUCUGUUAUUUUCAGGGGAAUUGUUACACAAUUGUUAUAUGCAUGAGAAAAUGUUUUGAAAUGUGAUCGAGGCAAACUACAUCCCAGCAGAUUCGCUGGGCAUUUUUUCAUGUGUCUUUUCGUAUUAUUUUCUUUUUUAGGGGAGGGGUAGGAGAGAUUAAUUAAUACAAUUUUCGAUUAGUAUUGCAUGUUGUAGUGUUGACCAGUGCCUAUGUUUGUAUAUGACCCAGUUGUUUUGCCUGUCCCUGAUAGCAAUUGGCAUAUCAUUUGUUUUUGUGGAAUGGGGAAUGAUUUGCGGGAGUGUUGUAUUAUUGAUGCUGAUGUUGCCUGCAGUAUUUUGACAGGGGUUGGUGUGCCUAAAUGUGUGCGCUGGGGAGGAAGCUGUGUUAAGAGUCAUUUCAAUCCUUUUUUUAAUUUUGUUUUGUAUUUUUUGAGCGUGCACGAUAAUUUAAUUGUAGGAUUAUUGCUAGUUGGCGUGUGCGUGACAUGACAAUUGGUGCGUAUGAGACACUCGGCUAAGGCUCCUGUAUGCAAACCGUGACGUUUUUGUCACAAGAUGGCCGCCUGACGCGUGCAAAUCCUGUUUUUCUCGGUAUCUGGGCGUGGCGUUCUGCCGGAUGGCGUCUAAUCAAAUUAUUUACUACCUGCAAACACUUUUUUUUUUUCGGCUCUGCUGAACGGAGUUUUGUUUUGUUUCGUUUUGAAACUUGCGUCUGGUGUUUGCCUGCAGUGGUGGUGGUGACUGGAUAAAGCGGAUUGAUUUUGUUAUUUUUAGAACGAUCCUUUCAGCUUCUUGAAGUACGUGUAUUUUUAUUGAACUGCCUUCACCUGUGUCCCAGGUACUUCCACUCCCUUCUUUUGCUAAGCUGGAAUACGGUCAAAAUGCUAAACCCUUGUUAUAUCCAGGGCGUAUUGCUGUUACUCCUGUAUUUUGUUUGUCACAAACUUUUGCAGACUGUUGAGAUUUAGCAAAAUCAGUGUAAUUCUUGCCAGCAUGGGCAGAUUCCUUGUGUACAGGUGAGAGAAAAUCACCUGACGCCACACCGCAUUACAAAUAGGUGCACACAUGUAUGUAAUGAUGCCAAGCCAAUCUUCGUACAACUUGAAAUGUUGACAGCACUGUAUUUAUAAAUAACACCUUCACCUUUUUGUCCUAAAAACUGCCAGACAGGCUCAGUGUUUUUAUCCUAGCACGUUCUUCCACCGUAGGACUUUUUUCAGUAAAAAGUCUAGCUGCUCGUAUGUCGUAAAUAAGAGGAGUGGUUUGGUCGCACAGUUUGGAAGACCUGUCUACCUUAAUGGAAAUAUUGAAAGGGUGGGAAGGGAGAAAUCUCUUUAGAGUAAGGGUAGGUGUGGAGUCCAGGGAGAAAUCAUCCAUCACAAGCGAGAGGCAAGAUUCACCAUCGCAUGCUCAGGGAAUGGUGAUGAAGACCAGCACGUGACCCCGUCGUUACAUUCCACGGGCCGGUCCUGGGCUCGUCGCUCUGUCCAGCCAACUCAUAGACCGAAUUUCUUCCAACUGCUUCUGGUUUGGCCCGUCAGCCAUGAUUACAUCAACUUGUAGUCUAUGGCAUCGUAUGUAUAGGCGCUGUGGUUGCCCCCAGGUUGACAUCGUGUGUGACAAGGCAGUCUCACCGUGGGUUGUAAACAGCGAACACUUUAAGCACGAAAGAAUAUUCCACAAUCUCUCCAUCAUGUUUUGUUGUUGUUUUGGAGGGGGAAGGGGGCAAUUUCAACAUAGGCAUGGCAGACACAACAUUUAAGGUUCAACAGGUGUCUGUGUGUUAGGUCCUGGUACAACAGAGAUCAUGGAGUACAGUCCCAGUACCGGCAAACGUGAGCGAAGGUAGCAGGGGGCGAGGCCAUUGUUUUUUAAGUCCGCGAGACCCGACUGUCGUUGCUAUUCUUACAAUCUGUGUAAUGUGUGCAUGAAAGUGGAAUCUAGUCGUUUUAUCAAGGACCGCACCAUCCGCCAUCUUGCGUGGUCUGCCUACAGCAUCCGCUUGCUCGGGCCCCGCGUUCUGACAUUUUUCAUUCUGCAUCAGUGUGCUGUCAAGAUAAUCUCUGCUUUAAAUUUACUGUUUCGUUUUCUUUAAAAAAAUAUCGGUUGGUGUCGAUUAGUUCGACUAGGCUGUGAAUUUCUGUCACCGCAGUUUAGCGUGACGCGAGGACUCAUGGGAAACAUUGCACCUAGCUGACAUCGAGUGUUGCCCAGGUAGCAGAGUUCAGCAACUCCAUCAGAAGCCUCACGCAGCUCACGCUUUUUAACAGCCUCGUGGGUGCACUGCAGAGGUCAGGAAGUGUGUCGAUGAAAAUGAACACCAGGGUAACCUGCUGGUGAGGUUCUCGGCAUGGAGGUUGAAAAGUUUAAUCUUUGUUUUCGUGGUCACCGUCAAUACUCCAUAAACCGCCGCCAAGAAACCCUGAAAAGUGGAGAUUGUGAAUAGAGCUCACAUUAAACUGAAAUUUAUUAUUUAAUAAAAAGAAGGCCGUCGAUUGGUUAGAACAAAGGUUACAUAAAUGGAACAGUUAAUUGUGACUUGUUGCAGAUCUUGAGGUCAUCUUUACAGUAGUUCACCCUCACAUAGAAGUCAUUUUUUCGCCAUGCGGCAUCAUUUUGUCACACCUGUAAUCACAGUGCUAGUUGUCGCUUUCAAACGCGUUUCAUGUUUUCUAAUCAGAUAUGCACCUGGUUGGACAAUCCGGCUGGUUUUCACCUGUUGAGGCAUGACAAUCCCCAAAUCCGUCUUCUUUUUGUCUCUCUCGGAAGCCUCGAGCUAGAAGAUGCACCCACACUACUGCCAGUCUUCAUCGUGACCCUCCUGCACUUCUCGCAAUUUUCUCUUUGUCUUUGUCUGGCAUUCAAGAGUUCCGUUGCUGGUCUCGAGUUACUGUUAACGACGCACUUGUUGUCACAAGACCCCUACCCCACCACCACCACCACCACCACCACCGCCGCCGCCGCCUGCCACUUUAGUGUCCGGUCAAUAAGGUCUGGUUUCACCGCUCGCCUUACCUGCACGGAGCUGGGAAGAUUUUUGUUAGUGAGCGCUGUUCACCCAGUUCAUUCACUGACAUUUAAAACAAUUGUCUUUUGUUUGUAAAUCUUUGCGGGAUUUCUUUUGACGAAAGUUUUGAAUUUUGUUCACCUUUCUCUUGCACCAGAAUUUUUUUUUUUAAGUGGCGGAAGAGGGGAGUGGGUUUGUUGCUUGAUUUAAAUCCGCAGCGGUUUGGCUUAUCUGGUUGGUUCAAUGGAUGUACACGUCCUUCCACGGGUCUUUGUCUGCUUAUUUGAAGGUCUUCCUUUCCAGUAGCGAUCUUUAAAGAGUUUUUCAGGCUUACCGAUUGAGCACCUAGUGCUGAGUUUUCUCUCUUCCACCAAAUUUCUUCUAGAAUGAGAUACGGUACGGUGACAAGAUAUUCGUGACAAAUGUCAGAUUUAUCUUUAUCUCACUGAGAAAAUAGGUUAGAGUUAGUUAUUAUGUCCUUCACUAAAUUAGCCAUCACAGUGUUCCUUGUGAGAGCUCGAGGUAAACAUCUUAAAACUACAGGUGUCUCAGAUAUCACAACUGUUCGAGGCCUGUCGCAUUCAAUGCCAGCAACAAUACUCCAUCUUCUUCUCUCCCUCCGUCAUCCCCCAAACAACUCGCCCACCGCAUUCAGCGGAAGCCUAGCGUGCGGUGGCUGCAGGCGCAUGCGUGUCGCCCCAACAUUCCAGUUUUGUUGAUGGUGUCGCUUUUAGCAAAAAUAACAAGACAACAAGAGAAUGGUCAGUAAACAGCAACAUUUGACAUAGGAGGAGGGGCCUUCUUCGCAUCCUGUUGUACAAGUCAGAGAUCAUGUGACUGUAUAAUGUCCUUUCACCAGACAUGAAAAGCGAAUAUCAAGAUGGAGUAGGGUUUAACAUCCGCACACCACAGGGUGUAUCGAUACAUUAACAACUGAGACAGGGUUAUACGUUAAUGUACACCUUCCAUCAAUUCUAUAAACCCUUCUUUUGCAAAAUGACCUGUUGGUAACUGAUUUUUUUUUAAAAGGCUUCAGUAACCUUUAAGUCGAUUUGUCUCCUCGCUGUGCAGACACCAAGAAUAGUAUACCCGAUUAUGAUAAACGGUUUUCCUAUGCACUGCUUUGUAAAUACAGCUAGCGCUGACAAAUCUAUUUAUAUCUGUGAAAUGUCAAGCUGAUACUUUCUUUUUUUUUUUUGAUGAUGAUGAUGAUUGCUGUCUGUUCCUGUAUUUCUUUUCUUGGCCACGUAGCUCGUCAGGUCUAGUUUCACUUGCGGCCAGUGCAUACCAUGUGAUAAACGCCGGGCAGUCGCUUAGUUUCUACCUAGUAAUCUGCAACACCUCCCCUACCCUCAUCCGGGGACCUGCGGAGGGAUGCCCUGUUGUACAAAAUACACGAUACCGAAUAACUAUUGAGAUUUCAGGAAGAUAUUUGCUUUUUCUUGGUGUAUAGACAUAUAUGAAGUCCUUUUGAAUUCUUUAGCAAUAUUCCUGUUGAUGGUUCUUCUGAAAUAUCGUCUGUUUUACAUCCAAACAUUGUAGACUCGCACGAGUGAGUAGUUUCUUUUUUGAAAAAGCAAAUUUUUCAGUCAGUAAAUUUAUUACUUCAUUUCUCCCCAUGUAAAAGAGAAAAAUAAAGAUGAACAUUAGUUUUAGUUCUCCGCUAGUCAACCAAAAGAAAAAAAAUCAACCCGACAGCAGGCAGUCUGUGACCAGUAACACUAGUGUCAGCAACAGUCUGUUUCUUGAAAAUAAAUGUAUUGUUGCACGUGUUUAAAAACUUGAGUGGCGAGUGCGGCGAGCGAGAUGUUACCGGAUGUAACUGUUCAUGGUACACAGGAUCCCAACAUUGUCCCACUGGCUGUCAUUACUGCGAUUUUUGUUUCAAGCUUGUGUACAUGUAGUCCCACUAUCACGUGAUUAAAGAUGAGGAUUUGGUAACAACUGAGGGUAGAAGCCUUGCAGCGAGACCGUGUUAACUGGCUGUACAGAAGUCUUGUACAUCACAUCUCCAUUAUCCACGUUGGUCACGUGUUUGUGACUGAUGGUAGUGUAAAUACUUUAUAUCGAGUGUUUGACCUUUGACAGACGUACGUGCGCGAGUGAAUAAAUAUUUUGAUAUAACGAUA